AUGAUACGAUACACCACCGUCUAUGAAACACCACCCCAUCUAGUACAGAUUACAGCAUUGUGUAUCGCCGCGCGGGGCAGCGCGGCCCGACGUGGACUGAGGGGGGCGGCAAGCCAGCGGCCCGGGCGGGAGGUGGGGCUCGCGUUGAUACGCACCCCGAAUAAGGACGGGCAUGGAAGCUCAAAAGAUAAGCAUCACUAG